AUGGAGCAGCAAGACAAAGUGGACGUGGCCUGUGGUCCCUCCGACUCGGAAUGUAACAUGGGGAACGAGACUGGAGCCCCACUGGUCGUUGGUCCUGGCCUCAGAGGACGUGCCAGCCGCCGUGGCAGAGGCCGCAGUUGUACCACCAGAACCCAGGCCAGACCCUUGGAACAAAAAGACAAAGUGGGUGUCUGCUUCUGGCCCCGCAACUCAGAGUGUAGCAUGGAGAACAAGACUGGAGCUCCAAUGGUUGUCGGACCUGGUCUCAGGGGGCCUGCAAACCACCGUGGCAGAGGCCACAGAUGUGCCACCAGGACCCAGGCCAGAACCAUGGAUCAAAGCAACCAAGUGAAUGUCUGCUUCUGGCCCUCCAACAUGGAAUGUAAAACGGGGAAUGAGACUGGAGCCCCACUGGGAAUUGAACCUGGCCUCAGAGGACAUGCAAGCCGCCCUGGCAGAGGCAGAGGCCACGGUCAUGCCACCAGGACGGAAGCCAGGGAACACAGCGAGGCCCUGCCUGCUCUGGGUUCUGAGAAAAGGAUGCAUGGUGCACUGCUAAAGAGAAGAGAGACUCGACUACUAAGGACGACAGAGGCUGUGGCCGGCAAACCCCUCUGUCAGGGCAAGAAGUCCUCUGCCAAAGCGAGAGGUCACGGAGAGCUCCCCAGCGCCUCCAUCCCUCUGCUGGCCCCCAGCAUUUUCACCUGCACCCAACGUGACAACGACCUUGGGCCAGCAAUUGAUUGCUUUGCCUUCCAUGGUGCUCCCGGGCCCGUUACCUCCGACCAGGCCUCGGUUUCUGCCACCUUCCAGUGUGAGGAGAUACUGGAGGCUGCCGCGGCCCUGAUGACUCUGAAGAACUCUUCUUGGUCCUGGCGCCAGACCCACAGCUAACCAGGUCUUGCAUGAGUGGAGCAGUGAAACCUCCCAGCCCAUGCUUGUGACUGGGAUCCAAGGCAGGCGACCUCUUGCUUCCUACUGAGCAUCUGCACUGCACCACUCUCUUGAGCUUAAGGGCCCAGAGGAGGGAGUGC